UGACGAUGAUGGGAGCACCGUCCUCGGCAAUAAAAACAACCAUUAUCAAUGGGGGAUUUUUAAUGAAUUGUCUGUAUUACUUUGUUUGUUGUGACUACUGUGUUGUGAUCUGAGGUGACGUUGGUGGUGUUGUUGCUUGUUGUAAUGGAAGUGGACGCCGAAGGGCAGUGCCGUCCCGAGAGAAAUAACUGAGGAGGAGAGAGAGAGAGAGAGACGUCUGAUGUAGGAGGAGGACAGUCGAACGAAAGAGCCUGGUCCCGUUCCCUGACCUGGGCUUCGGCUGCGGCCUUCUUCUUCUCCCCUUCCCCAAGUGUCAAUUUCCUCCUUCCCUCCUCCAAUGCAUUAUCUAGCACCAGCCGGGAUGCCACACAUGAAAUAAAACUGCAUGACAAAUGAAAUCUGUGACUGAUGGGGAAAAUGACCACCAGGUUAGAUAGGUUGUUUGUGCUGCUGGAGAAUGGAGGCACUGGUGUUACAAGGCAAGCAGCAGCUCAGCAGUUGGGGGAAGUGGUUCGACUCCAUCCUCAUGAGCUCAAUUCUCUCCUCAAUCGGGUUAAAGUGUACCUCGGAUCAAAAUCCUGGGAAACGAGAAUUGCAGCUGGACAAGCAGUUGAGGCAAUUGUGAAAAAUCUGCCACCAUGGGACCCUCAGCCUUUGAAACUUCAAAGAGAUUGGCUGGAGGACGAUCCAUGCAGAAGUCAAGUGGGUCGUCUGUCCCUAAAAUCUCUUGAUGUCAGACGUGUUCUUGAAAAAGGCUCAUAUCUUAUGGCUGCAGACGAGAAGUCUUUUGAAUUGUCAGAAGAGAACGUUUCUGUUGAUCCAGCUACACGGAUAGCUCAUCAGAGGACCCUCAUUAACAAGCGCUUAGGCCUUGAUGUAGCUGAAGCUAUAGGAGUGGACACAAGUAACAUUUUCUCUAAUGAGGAUUUAGCAGAUUGCAAUGCUGGUAGAGCAUCUGAAGUUUUUCAGGAAAGGGAUUCCAUCAUUGAUAUUGUAAAGGAGAGAAUGAACCCCCAGGAGAUGGCGUUAAGUUCACGGGAAAGGAAUCGAGCCCGCAGGAAAGCUAAACUCCUUAUCAAACAAAUAUCUGUAGAUGUGUCAGAUUGUAACCCGGAUGAGGGCCCAGAGAGAAAACGAGCACGCAUGAGUGGCAAAGGACAGUCAGAUGAAGUGUGUAGCGAUGAUGAGAGUCAGAUGGUAGUUGAUGAAGGACCUGCAAGUGAAGAGAUGUGUGAAUGGCCUUUAGAAAUGUUCUGCAAUCUUUUGUCAACGGAUUUGUUUAGUGUUUCUUGGGAGUCUCGACAUGGCGCUGCCACAGCCCUCAGGCAGAUUAUCAGUAUUCACGGUCAGGGAGCUGGAAAAGCUACUUAUUAUUCAAAGGAGCAGAUGGAGAAGAAUCACCAGGCCUGGUUGGAGGACAUGGCUGUGAGGUUCUUGUGUGUUUUAGCCUUAGAUCGCUUUGGAGAUUUUGUGUCUGAUCAAGUAGUUGCUCCAGUGAGAGAAACUUGUGCUCAAGCUUUGGGUGGUAUUCUAAAUCUCUUGAGUGAGCCGGGUGUUUAUGACGUUUUGUCUGUCUUGGAAACCUUGCUCUCCUCAGCGGAAUGGGAAGCUCGUCAUGGAGGCCUUCUUGGCCUUAAGUAUUUAUUAGCUGUAAGAGCAGAUAUAAGAUCCAGUCUUCUGACACAUGCAUAUCCACACAUUUACAAAGGUUUGCAGGAUGAAAUGGAUGAUGUAGUGGCUGUUGCUGCAUCCUGUCUAGUGCCAGUUGCAGAAAGUGUUGUGCAGCUGCUCGAGAAGGAUGUUGUUGCAAAGUUGAUUUCUACUCUUUGGGAUUCAUUGCUAGAUAUUGAUGACCUCACUUCUUCCACCAAUUCCAUAUUACUGCUGUUAUCCCAGCUUCUUGCUCAUCCUGCUGUUAGUGACAGUGGUUGGAAGUAUUUGACAGAAUUAGUCCCCAGACUCUGGCCAUUUUUAUACCACUCAAGCAUUUCAGUUAGAGGAUCGGCACUGAAAACUCUGGAUACCCUCACUUCACUUAAGUGUGGCAUUAAAGGGUUGGAAAAGGAAAGAGAAGAUGCACAGAUGAUAAAAGAAGAAAAAGAUUCGUCAGAAAGUGAAAGUGACAAGAUGACUGUGGAUGUGUCGCACAUUCAAAUCAGUGAAGUGAAGAAAGAGGAACCAUGUUUAGAGAAUGACAAAAACCAUGAUAACAGUAUGUUAAACAAUAAUGAUUCUAAGAUUAAAGAUGGUACAAAAUUCAUGGCAAACAGUCCCAUUCUUGGGGAUUGGUUAAGUCCAAUCAUUAAGCCAGCGCUAACACACAUCUUCCAAAGAGCACUUUUAGAGCAGUCUUCUGAUAAUCUAGAACUUGUCAUCAAGAUUUGGGAGCAGUUGCUAGAAAAUGUUUCUCUCAGUUGUCUGUUGGUGGCUGUUUGUCCUCUGGUAGCCAGUUGGUUGUAUUUAGGAAUGGCAAAUCCCAAAGUGCCUCUAGAUCCAAGUCUUCUUCUGAUUGCUCAUCAUAAUAUAAGUGGAGAGGGGAAAAAACUACGCAUUAGUUGCUUAUCCGAUCCUGGACAGAAAGCAGAAGUGAAGUUCUACAUAGGAGGAUGUGACCAGUUUAAUGAUUACCAUGAAAGACAGUCUGUGGUUGUGAGAGCCCGGUGUUCAGCUGCUAAACUAUUAGGUCGCUUGUCUCAGUACAUCAUAAAGCCAAUGCCUGGUGUGGAGUACCCUCCUGAGGAGACCCCAGAUAUAUGUUAUAUGCGCAUCCUUAUAUCUCAUCUUCGUUCAAGGUCUUCUAUACAGAGGAUGACAGCUGGAUCGGUCAUCAGAGAGUGGGCAUUACUAUUUCCAGAACAGGCUUGCCAUCCACAGCUUCGGAGUUCACUUCAUACGUGUUUAACAGAAAUUGUGUAUUAUGAUGAAAUUGCCCUCUCUUUUACAAGGCUCCAGCAAGAAGCUCGAGACUUCAUGGCAAUGCUUCGCCAUUACAAAUUGGAGGUUGAGGAAUCAUUUUCCGCCUCUCCAUUCCUCACUUUAGAACAGAUCCAGAAUCUCAGUGGUCCUGUUGCGCUGACACUUUUUAGUGGUGGUCGUUUAAGGCCAAAGGUUUACACCACCCUUGAAGAGCGUCGCAAGGCAAUACAAAACAAUGUCUCUCAAACCUCAACAGAUCAAAUUAGUUUAGCUACAACUACUCAGGCCAUAAUUGCGGGUGCCAUAGUACGCUUCAGAGUUUUGCCAGAGAAACUCAGUCCUGUGAUAAAACCUUUAAUGGAUAGCAUCAAGAAAGAGAAGGUUGAACAGUUGCAAAGGCUAGCAGCAGAAGAUCUAACGAAACUUCUAGAACUAUGCAUUGAACGAGAAAAGAGUCCCAAUGAAAAGGUUUUGAAGAAUCUUGCAAUAUUUCUGUGUAUUGACCAGGAGUUUACUCCAAAAGUUAUAAAGGAAACUCCUGACACUGCAGUUGAAGACAAGAAGUAUGGAAUUUUAAGCCUGAUGUCACAAGUGAAAGAGGCUGAGCGUCAGCUUCUUCGCCGCAAUUCAUCUAUAUCUGGCCGUGGUCCUGGAAGACCUCCUGCAAAUGCUAAAGUAGAAGACCCAGCAGAUGUUACAGAAGCCAUUAUUGAUUCACAAAAUCAAAAACUGGCUGAAAUUCAGAGGCGUGGCUGUACUUACGCUCUGAUGCACAUAGCACGUUACUUUGGUGAAGAGCUUCCCGAGAGGAUGCCCCACCUCUGGAGUCUGGUUUUUGAUCCUUUUGAUUUAGUGUCAAAUUCAGAUAUGACUUUGGACAAUUCACAAGCUGUAAUUAAUUGGUUGCAGCUUUUAGAGGUUGUAAUUCCAGCACUUCAUGUAAAAUUAUUAACCAAGUUAGAAGUAAAGCUGCCAAAGUUAGAGGUUUGGUUAUAUCAUCAGUAUGCUGCUGUUCGCCAUAUGGCUACUAGAGUUAUGGGAGUUUUAGCUACAGUUCUACCAGUAUCAACAAUGACCUAUAUAGUAUUAAAUAUUAUACCUUCCCUUGAAGCUGUCCAUGGGGAUAAUCAAAGACAAGGAGCCAUUGAAUGCAUUUUUGCAUCAAUUGACAGGCUUGGAUUUGACGUUGUGCCUUAUAUUGUACUUCUUAUUGUGCCUUUGUUAGGUUGCAUGAGUGACCAGGACAUUAAUGUCCGAAAUUUAGCAACCCAUUGCUUUGCGACUCUUAUUCGAUUGCUGCCACUUGAAGGUGGAGUGCCUGAUCCCCCUGACUUGAGCUCUGAACUUAUGAAGCAGAAAUUACGAGAGAGGGAAUUCCUUGAGCAUCUUUUGGAUCCAGCAAAAAUAGAAAGCCACAAAAUUCCAUUACCAAUUAAUGCAGAACUGAGAUCUUAUCAGCAGAGUGGUGUUAACUGGUUGGCCUUUCUUAAUCGAUACAAACUUCAUGGUAUUCUUUGUGAUGAUAUGGGUCUUGGAAAGACACUACAAUCUAUCUGCAUUCUGGCCAGUGACCAUUUUGUAAAGGAGAAAAAGCAGAUAAGUUCAGGGAAGUCUGAAGAUGUCCUGUGGCAAUCGUUGGUUGUGUGCCCUCCUACAUUAACUGGUCACUGGGUUUAUGAAGUUUCAAAGUUUGUUACAAAAAAGUAUUUGAACCCACUGCACUACACAGGCCCCCCUGCAGAGAGAAGCAAGUUGAGAUGCUUUGUACCUGAUCAUAAUUUAAUUGUUGCCUCAUAUGACAUUGUUAGAAAUGACAUUCAGUUCUUCUCUCAGAUCAAGUGGAAUUAUGUUAUUCUGGAUGAAGGCCAUAUCAUAAAAAAUGGUAAAACCAAGUCCUCCAAAGCCAUCAAACAACUUACAGCACAGCAUCGACUAAUCCUGUCCGGCACACCCAUCCAGAAUAAUGUGUUAGAGUUGUGGUCAUUGUUUGACUUCCUCAUGCCUGGCUUUCUGGGUAGUGAACGUCAGUUCAUGGCACGUUACUCAAAACCCAUCCUUCAGUCACGUGAUGCAAAAAGUUCAAGUAGGGAACAAGAGGCGGGAGUUUUAGCUAUGGAGGCUUUGCAUCGUCAGGUACUUCCAUUUCUCCUGCGGAGAGUGAAAGAAGAUGUUCUACAAGAUUUACCACCAAAGAUUACUCAGGAUUAUUAUUGUGAACUGAGCCCAUUACAGGAGCAACUGUAUGAAGACUUUGCGCGUACUCAGGCUAAUCAAAACAUCGCUGAUGCUUUACGAAUCCCUGACUUAGGUGGUGAGGAAUCUGCGCCAAAGGCACAGAGUCAUGUGUUCCAGGCAUUGCAGUAUUUGCGAAAAGUAUGCAAUCAUCCAAAGCUGGUUAUCAAGCCUCAACAUCCAGAAUAUGAAAGAAUAGCAGCUAAACUUAGAGAAUCGAAUUCUUCUUUAUCAGAUAUCCAUCAUUCUGCAAAACUUCCUGCACUCAAACAGUUGCUGUUGGACUGUGGCAUUGGUGUAGACAGUGCAACAGGUACCGAAGCUGUUGUUUCCCAACAUAGAGCUCUCAUCUUUUGCCAACUUAAGUCAAUGUUGGAUAUUAUCGAAAAAGAUUUGCUCAGGCAGCACCUUCCUGGCGUGACUUACUUGAGAUUAGAUGGCUCAGUACCAGCAGGAUCCCGUCAUGCAUUAGUACAAAGGUUCAAUGCUGAUCCCUCAAUUGAUCUUCUUCUACUUACAACACAAGUAGGAGGGCUUGGACUUAACUUGACCGGAGCAGACACGGUAAUAUUUGUUGAACAUGAUUGGAAUCCAAUGAGAGAUCUACAAGCAAUGGAUCGAGCUCAUCGAAUUGGUCAGAAGAGAGUGGUCAAUGUUUACAGGCUAAUUACAAAAGGAACACUGGAAGAAAAAAUUAUGGGAUUGCAAAAGUUCAAGAUGAUGACUGCAAAUACUGUAAUUAGUCAGGAGAAUUCAAGUUUGCUGAGCAUGGGAACAGAUCAGCUGUUGGAUCUAUUCUCCCUUAGUUCCAAAAAGGGAGAAACUUCUAAGGAUUGUCAGGGCAGUCAGGGACGGAAAGGGACAAAUACUCAAGCUCUUGGCAUUGGUACUUCAGGAGCAAAGGCUGUGUUGGAAAACUUGCCCGAACUUUGGGACGAUGACCAGUAUGAAAGUGAAUAUGAUUUAACAGCAUUUAUGGCAAUGUUAAAAAAAUAAUUUGCUAUAUUCAUCACUCUUGAAACCAGAUAAAAAUGGGUAUAGUAUUAUAUGUUCAUAUCUUCAUUCUUAUAGAAUUUAUAGAGCUCUCUAGACUAACACCAAGUGUUUAGUGCCAGAGACUUUGCAAUUUCAACUUUUUGUUAUAUUGCUCUGUAGUAAUAGAAGUUUUAUAUGACAUUUUACAUGCUUCUUGCACUUGGAUUAAAUUUUAAUUGUGACGUUGCCCAAUAUAAAUCCUAGUAAAUGAAGCAGAAGCAAGCAGUGAUUUCUAAAAAAAGUACAAGAAAUUAGGAAAUGUUUAUAAAACAUUGUUAUCCAGUUCGCAACAUUUUAGUCAACUUUUAAAUUUUUUUUUCUAAUUUACUGAGUUUUUUUAAAAAUUUACUGACAGAAAACUUGAGAUUAAUGUUAGCUAUAUUCUAAGAACAGUUAGUAUGAACAAUUUUUUCCUUGAACAAAAUGAUUAAGAAAGUGCUAGUCAUUAAGAUCUACCUUUCUUUAUUACUCUUAAACAUAAAAACAUUCCUUAAGCUACAGUACUUUACUUCUAUCCUUUGUAAAUUUUCACCCCCAUGUUAUACAUUAGGUUAUUUUUUCCAUAGUUUGUCAGAUCCUAUAGUUUUGUGAAGUUCAAAUUCUUUGUCCUACCUGGUUCAAAUCAAUAACCUUUCUGUCUACAGCUAGUUCUUUACAUGUUUAUGUUCACACUAGGUCAAACAAUUACGGUACCUUACCAGAGCUCUUACCUUGGUACUUGAAAGGCAGAUUUACUUAUUAAAAAAUAGAUCACAUGCAAUUUCCAAAAUUAGUAAAGGGAUUUUUAAGGAUUUUUCAAAAGAAUGAUUUUUCCUUUUAACUCUGAUUUUGCUCUCUACUUAAACCUUAGUUUGGAUGAAAUAUAUACGUGUACCUAAUUUGGCAAGGUAGUAAGUGUGUUUACCUCCAUGUCCAAGACGAGUUUGAUCCAGCAUAAUGGUCACAAUAAAUGACAGUUACAAGGCUUGCAUGUUAUCCUGCUUGCUUCAUGGUGCAGAAAGAUCACCUGUGUACAACAGCUAACUAGGUUUAAAAGAUUCUAUUACCAUUCUUGAAGAUGAUCCCUGGCUGGAAUAACAGAUAAAUGUGGCUGCCCUGAAUAUGGCAACUUCUGAUUCCAUUUAUACGGUUAAAAAAAAUCUUGACUGGAUAAGCCAUUUAGAAAAAUGAGUGACAACUGGGUUCUAAAGAAACUAUCAUAUGGAAAAGUACAGAAAAAGAAAAAGUUGUAUCAGUACAAUAUAAAGUGAGUGAGAAGAAAGUGCCAGGACUGAAGACUAUGGAACACAUACGGUCAGGGAAGGCUGUGUUGUGUGUCUAGGAGAGGCAUUUUAGAAGGCAUAACCUGAUUUAUCAUAACUAAUGCUUGUGGAGAGCAGUCAGAAGCACCUGCAAUACCAUGAUUGUUCCUACCACAGAACUGUCAUUCAACACGAACCUGUUCAUUUAUUAAUGCAGAAGUGUUAGGAGAAGUGUGUGUGUGUGUGUGUGUGUGUGUGUGUGUGUGUGUGUGUGUGUGUGUGUGUGUGUGUGUGUGUGUGUGUGUGUGUGUGUGUGGAAAGGAUAACCUACAAGGGUUGAAUACCAUAGGUUGAAAGAAUUAAUGGAAAGGAAGGGGCUUAAUACCCAGGAAGACUGAGAAUGCAUGAGAGUUGAGGACAAAUGGUGCUGGGUAUCUGGAGGUGUUUUAUGCAGUGCUGAUUAAGAUUUGUGCAGUUAUAUGAGCUGCUUAUAUUGCAGAAAGUUUCUGUACAUGAGAUACACCCACAACUCUUUAAGUAUGAAUUUUGCAGUUAAUGUUUUUUUUCUUAGGAGCCACCCCGUGUUAGGGAAAAUUGCUUUCGUAAAAAAUGUUAACCAGGCCAUUAACAAUUUCUAAAUUUAAUAGAGAGGGCCUAAAGGGUUUGCUAUUAAUGAAUACGUAUAUAAGAGUCUGUUUCAUAUGUACAUUACAGCUCAUGAAAAAUUUAAUGACGAGAAUGUAAUGGAAAAGAUUGCCAAAUUUCUUUCAAGGAAUUAUUUUCAAUACGUGAUAUAUAUUGUUGGUUUAAAAAAGUACAAUCACAAAAAAUAUGGUUGUAACUGUUGUUGUGCAUCCAGGAAUUGGGCUGUGGAUUAUCAUCAAGUACCUAAUGGGUCAUACAAGUAUGACCAGUCCAAAGAGAGAAUAAUAUUACUUCCAUGUCCUUUUUUUUUCCACGAAUGAACACCAUUAUGUAUAAUGCAAGGGAUAUAAAUUUAAAGGGUUUCUAAAACUAAUACUUACAUCAUUAUAAAUUCCUGUUGUUGAUGCUUUUACCAGUCUUUACUGCUGACCAUAUUGCAGAUAGCUCUACAGUAAAAGUCAAUUCGCUAUUGGUUAAAGAUAGCUAACUGAAUGGUUUCAAUAGAUGAUACUGCAGCAAAUCUUAUACCAUAUGAUUUGGAGCAGUGUACAUUACAUAAUGUGAACUUUUACAUCUGAUGUGUACUUUGGUGAAUAUCAUGGGAAAACAGCAGAGAUAAGGAUCUAAACCAAAUGAAAAUUCAGAUAAAAAUUUAGGUGUACUUAUUUUAUAGCUUACCAAUAAAUAGAAACCUUAACAUAAAACUACUGAUAAUGAACACAAUACUAUUACAGUUAUUAGUUGAAUAGCAAUACGUACAUAUAAUUGCAUAAGUGAAUAGAAAUUUGAGAAAAAAAGGAGGCAAACAGGAAAGUGCACGAGUGUACCCUCAAGCAAGGGAACCCAUACAGGCUUGAGAACAUUAGUUCAAAGGCCACCACCCAGUGACUAAAUAUGAUACGCAGAAUAAUCCAGCUGCCACAGUAAGUGCCACUGAAUUGUCCUUAGCAAUGCACACUGGCUCACAGGAGGAAAUGGGGAGGGAGGGUGUUGAACUCCAUCUGAAAGGUACCUCUUGCUUGCUCUGAAAUUUCGUGUUCAAAAUUUCGUUUUUUUAAAAAUCGGCAAGUUGGCCUGACCUUUAAAUAAUGAAGUAAAGGCUCUAGUAAGGUGAUAUAUUGUUUACUAACAAAAGAAUUUUUUUGUUAUAUAGGUUUUAUGAAUAGUUAAAGGGAAAUGCCAAAUCUUACCUAAAUGUCUUAAUGAGGUUUUUGAACACUAGUUUAUCUAAUAUCUGAAGAAAAAAAAUAUACUAUUCCUUCUCCAACUAACUACCUCAGAUCCAACUCCCAAAACAGCCACAAUUGUCUACUUCUCCAGUCACAAAGUAAUUUAUUGAUAAAAAGUGAUGCAACUACUUCUAGCUUUCUUUUGUAUCUAAAUCAGUUGCCCUGUAUUUUGUGUCCUUUUUUUUUUUUUUUUUUUUUGCAACUUAAUCAGUUGCUCUGUAUUUUUUGUACUGUGAUCAUUGCAUUGGGUAUUUGAUAAUGUUAAUACAAAUGUCAUAAAGAGCCAUUGGUUUACUUGCAAUAAAAUUGUGAUAAUUU